ACAUUUCGUGUUUCUCUAAAAGUAAGAUGAAAUAUUUCAUGUCUUGUUGAUCACCAUCGCCAAGCUUGAAGCUAUAAUAACAACUGACCACAGGCCAGAAUAUAUCCAUCACCAGUUGCUGCACACAGCACCCAAAGCUUCCCCCAUCUCCACCAGAUACUACGUCAAGACCAGUGUAGGCCUAUCUCCAGAACGACAGAUGAACACUUGUACCUAAUAGACACCACAAAACGCUUCAGCAAAUUGUCGUACCUCCUCGCCAAACGCCAAUGCAGCAACGUAACUACCACCCAAACUUCACCGCCCACAGCAACGUUUCAAUCCCAGUAAACAUCAGCAUCUCAGCUCUCUUCCACGAGUUUUUACACUACCAACCCUACCAUGGGGUCGACUUCUUUUUCUUCAAGCGCGCUCUUCUCCCUGCCGUCACCUACCUUGCCGUCUGUUUAAUCACCGGGUGUAUUGGGAAUAUCGUGGCGCUGGUCACGCAUGCGCAACAUGUCCGAGUUAGCGUGACGCGCAUGUGUGUGUUUGUCCUCGCGUGCCAGGACUUUCUCACCUGUGUGCUGGUCAUCCCUCUGGAGAUCGUCAUGCUGGUCAAGUUCCUCAACUUCCCCUCGUCCUACCUGUGUCAGGCCUCCAAAUACACACAGACUGUGCUAAACACCUAUCAGACCUUGGUGUUUGUUGGCAUCGCAGUGGAAAGGUACAACAAGAUCUGCCGAUCCACUGAGCAAGGGAUCAGCGUUGAGCAGGCCACGAAGGUCUGCGUCCAGUCCCUGGUGGUCAGCUGUGUGGUCAACAUCCCCGUCCUCUUCCUGUACGGGGAGCAAAGCCUCAGCGUCCACGCCACCAAAACAUCAGGAGAGAACCAGUACCUUCUCGAAAUCUCCCCCGCCGGCUCGCUCAACCGAACGCUCAACAGAACCCACGAGUACCACUUCUACGCCAAGCUCUGCGCCAUCAAGACCGAGCACUUCUUCGACACCGUCUUCGUCAACGCGUUUUUCAUCGCAACUUUUUCGUGCAACGCCCUGGCGUUUUUCAUGGUUACCUUUCUCUACGCCCGGGUCAUCAAAACUCUCCACGCCAUGAAAAACAAUGUGUUCCUGUGCAGCCGGAUGGACGGCUUACAAACCCCAAUCUUCGCCGUAAGUUCCAACAUUGUGUCAGCCAGAUCAAGUAACCUCACAAGCUUGUCAGGGGUGUUUGCCAAGCGGGUCCUAAUGACUGAAAGUGUAAGCAUCGAGCUCAGCGACGAAUCGGGAAGCAUCCUCCGGGAAACAGACGUCGAUCGCGGCUUAACCGAAUAUUGCAAGAAAAAUGCAUCGAGUGAAGUGGACGCAGAUACAAAUAACGAAUUGGAACAGACGGGAAGUGUAGUGAAGUUCCAUAAAGCACAGCAUACAUCCGCGAAUUUAACAGACAUAUCUGAGGACUAUUCGAAGGAGAAACGUGUCAACAUUUCCCAGGGAAUCGAUACAGAACCCGAUGAGAAUAAUACCUCUCUGCCUACCAGCUUCAGUAAAUAUGUAUCCCGCACUAAAUUUUGUAUCAUUGCCAUUUUAAUCAGCUAUUUUGUAAGUUACGUUCCGCUCAUCGGGUAUCGAGUUUAUUUGGUUGUGCGCGGAUGUCACUUCUACAAGACGGUCAGCACUCUGGAGCUUGGCCCGGGGGAAAUCAUGCUGAGAUCUACAUUCUUCUUUAACGUCGCCAGCCCAUUCUGGUUUACACUGCUGUCUAAAGCAUUCAGUGCGGACAUUCAAGGGAAGAGCGCUUCUUUUUUAACAGCUAUAAACAUUAGAUUGCAAGAAUUACCCCAUUGAUGCAGCGAUCAACAUAUUUAAUUUUUACAUUUUAAAAUGUAAUAACUAUCAAUAUUAUGACGGUUUAUGAAAAAUAAAGAGUAUG